AGCACUCGCACGAAAGGUGCGGUGAAAUCGGAAACGGAGACUAACUCUUCUAAAACACACCAAAAGAAAACCUUUUAACACUUUCUCUUCUCAUCUCUUAGCGUUCCUCUUUCUCAAACUGUGCCUCUCAGCCUAUUGCUUAGCUCUGUUAGAAACUCAUUGUGCUGUUGAUGAUGUUUCCUUUUAACUUACACCAUAUUAUCUGAUCUGGUUUUCUUUAUUUUUCUUUCAGAUCAUAGAUUUCAAGAAAAACUUUCCUUUGUUCUUUGCUAGCAUCACUCUCGUAAAACCAUUGAAAGAAACAAAAACCCAGCUUUUUUUCUUGGGGUUUUAGUAUCUUCCCUAGUUGGUAUAAUGAGAAUCUGAAAUAUGGAAUUUUGUGCCAAAGAUGCAGAAUAUUGAUGUAUGUUUUAAGAAACCUUCUUCAGUUGUUUGAAAUUGUUUUUUAAGCAGUUCUUGGACAAUGAAAAGAGGUAGAGGAAAAGCAAAGAAGCAGACUGUUGUUUCUUCUUCUCAUGAGGAUCUGGGAAGUGGUGAAGAUGAAAAAUUUCCAGCGUAUAAGAGAAGAGGAAGGCCGCAAAAGCAAUUGAAGGAUGAUAUUGAUGAAGAUGAAGUGGAGAAGACAGAAGAAGAUGGUGACGAUGUAGAAGGUUCCAUUCCUAUCAAGGAGAUGAAAAAUCAGGCUGCCACAGAGAAUGGAAGGAAGAGGAAACGGUCAAUGCAGGCAAAAGAAAACAUAGAUUCAGUCAAGAAAGAAAAUGGUAUCACAACAAAGUUAACCACUGGUGACUCAACUAAAUCUGUUGGGUAUCGACAAAAUGGUAGCAGGCGCAAAAACAAGCCUCGUCGGGCUGCUGAAGCUGUGGUUGAGUGCAAGUGAAGUUCCAGAUAAUCAUCACCAUGGAUUUUGCCUUCUUUUCCAUACCUGAUAAAUCAUCCCAAAAGUAAUGCUUGUCAGCUCAUGUAUGGAUUCAGAUGUUUCUUUUUGUCACAUGCUAUUUGUUUUUGUAGUUUCUGAAUUCCAUUUCAGUAAUGGAUAAUUUUUGUUGGGAGCUUUUUUAUAUGUUUGCAGUGCAUGCUUGUAAUAUUUGAUUGUGUUAUCGCAAAUUAAAAAAUCAUUUUGCUAGUCUUCUGUUUGUGGCUUUUUACAGUGAGAGAACUUGUUAUUCAAUCAGAAUUUUCUCUUAUCAAGUUUAUUAAGUUCGUGUUUUAGUGGCAUUGCAUCUAUAAC